CACUUUGCUUCUUUGCUCAGGCGGCAAAUCUCCUCUGACGGGGCAGGAAGAGGCACUGAGUGAGCGUGGGGAGGGGGAGGAGGCACCUCCGUGCUUCCUCCCAGCCGGCGCCUUCCCCACAGCGCCCAGGGAUGCUGCCAGGAGCCCCGCAUCACCCACACCCCGACCGAGCCAUGGCCGCGUCCCACAGAGCCAUCCCCACCGAGAUCCGAGAGGGCAUCGCCACCUUCCUGGGGACAAAGGAGGUGCUCCUGGUGAUGAGCGUCCAGCUGCAGGUGAAAUCCAAGUAUGACGACUACAUCUUGGUGCUGACGCCCUGGCGAGCCUAUGUGCUGUCAGUGACACUGCCAGUGAGGGUUCACAGCAGCUUCAGCUUCCUGGAGGUGAGGGAGAUGACACUGCAAGAUCCCAGCUUGGUUGUCAUAGAAACAGAUACAGCACCUCAUGCCUUCCGGUUCAUGUCCUCUGGUGAUCUGGAGCAACUUGUCAUCCAUGUCACCAUGUCUCUUAAGAAGGUCUUUCCAGACUCAUCUCCUGGGACACUGCUCAAGAACUCCCCACCCAAUCUGUACGAGAGGAUCCGGCGGAUCACGGACUCCCUGGAGGAGAUGCUGCAGAGCAGCCCUGCACCCUGUGGGGGGUUCUCGGAGACCUACGCUGCCCUGUGUGAUUACAAUGGCUUUGCUUUCCGCGAGGAGAUCCAGUGGGACGUGGACAACAUCUACCACAGCCAGGACUGCCGAGAGUUCAACCUGCUGGACUUCAGCCACCUGGAGAGCCGAGACAUGGCUCUGAGCGUGGCUGCUUUGUCCUUCAACCUGUGGUUCACCAAGCUCUCCUGCAAGGACUUCAGGCUGAACCAGGAGAUCUCGGAGCAGCUGCUCUACAUGCUCAGCAGAUCUGUGACGCUGGAGGAGCUGGUGCUGGAAAACAGCGGAUUGAAAGCGGACUUUGCACAGAGGAUGGCCCAGGCACUCAGCAACCAUCCCGACUCUGUCCUGCACACCAUUAACCUUGAUGGAAACCAGCUGGAAGACAGAGGGAUCGCUGCCUUCAGCCAGCACGUGAAGAGGUGUCCCAAGGGUCUGCAGAGCCUCAGCUUGGCCAGGACCAUGCUCACUGCCAAAGGGAUGAGCGUGUUAUGCAAGGCCCUCGCAGAUAACAAAGCUAUCGGAUCCUCCCUCCGGCACUUGGACCUUUCUGGAAACCCUGGCUCCCUGGCUGGGGAUGACACCAGUAAACUGCAGACCCUCCUUCACCAGUGCCACUCGCUGUCCCACCUCAGCCUGGCCAGCACGGACUGCCCCUUGGACACUCUCUUUGGAGCCCUGGUUCAUGGAUGCCACACCAGCCUCACCCAUCUGGAUCUCUCCAAAAACAUGUAUUCCCACAGAAAGGUGAAAGCCACCUCCUCUGGCAUCAAGGAGUUUUUCAGCCAGGCCUGCGCCCUCAGGCACGUCUCCCUGGCUGGCACCAAGCUGCCAGCAGAUGCUGUAAGGGCACUGCUGCAAGGGCUGGCGGACAACAGCCACAUCAGUGACCUGCACCUGGAUCUCAGCAACUGCGAGCUGAGAUCAGCGGGGGCACAAGUCAUCCAGGAUCUCAUCCCAGUCACCAGCUCCAUCAGUGACCUGGACUUGUCUGACAACGGCUUUGACCCCGACAUGGUGACGCUGGUGCUCUCCAUCGGCAGAAGCAAGUCCAUCAGGCACGUGUCUCUGGGGAAAAACUUCAACAUCAAAUCCAAGGAAGGGCUGUUGGAUGUCCUGCACCGCAUUGUCCAGCUCACCCAGGAGGACGACUGCCCCCUCCAGUCUCUUUCGGUGGCCGAAUCACGCCUCAAGCUGGGAACCAAUGUCCUGCUGAGUGCCCUGGGCAGUAACACAAGCCUCAUCGCUCUGGACAUCAGCGGCAACGCCAUGGGGGACACAGGGGCUAAGAUGCUAGCCAAGGCCCUGCAGAUCAACACAAAGCUCAGGACUGUGGUUUGGGACAGGAACAACACAACUGCCCAUGGGCUCCUGGAGGUGGCUCAAGCUUUGGAGAGGAACUACACCCUCAAAUACAUGCCCUUGCCAAUGAGUGACGUGGCACAGGCGUACCGCAGCCACCCCGAGAAGACCGAGCAGGCGGUGCACAAGCUCCAGUCCUGCCUCACAAGGAACCAGCUCCGGCACCCGCUCCCUGUGUGCACCUCAUGGCCGCAGAAGGGCAUCCUCACCCCCUCUUCCGAGCAGAUGGUGAAUGAGACCUGCCUGAGCGUGCAGAAGCAUGUGGACAUGCUCAGCGUGUGCGUAGGAAGGGAGGUGGAGGAGGACAUCCUCUCUGCUGAGGAGGCCAUCAGGAAUGCCAACCUCUCCGUCAGUAUCCUGCCCCUCUUGUAUGAAGCAGGAAAUAGCCCAUACCAGAACAGCAAGCUACAGCACAAGCUGGAGUGUCUCACGGAGGAGGCAUCACAGACCUGCGGCCGGGAAAUCCAGGCAAUCAUGCAGGCGGUGCUGGACACAGCGCACAGCCUGUGCCCAGCCGUGGUGCAGAAGAGCAGAGUCAGGGACCAGCUGGUCAAUGCCAUGUCAGAGAGGAUCCACCUCCAGGACCACCUCAACCUCAGCACUGUCCUGGACCAAAUGGUCACUGAUGUCUUCAGCAAGCUGAAUGAAAUCAAGCUGUCUGUCACCUCCGCCGUGGCUGACUGCAUUAUGGAUGCUGUGCUGGGAGAUCUGAUCACUGCCCAGCGCAAACUGGUGGAGAGCUUCCCCAGGCAGGGGCUCAACCUCCCCGCGCUGCUGCCGGAGCUGGCUGAGGAUGAUGCCGUGGCACUGGCGAGGGGCAGGAAUCCUCCUGACCCUGCUGCAGAGGAGUACAAGAUGGCCCUGCGGAGGAAAACCAAGCAUUUCAGGAGCAUCCGGCCCACGCCAAGCGUAAGAAGUGUCUCGGAGCUGGAGCCGGCGGCGGGCAGGGACGCGAGCGGGCUCCGAGCUCACCGGGCGCUGCCGUCGCUCAGCCCCGCCGCGCCGGCACGCCCUGCCUCCACAAAGGAUGCUGAGCCUGCGAGCGGCUCGCUCCCCUCCGCGCAGCCUGUCCCCGCCGCCACCGGAUCCCUUACGGACCUGCCGACCGCCGCCGGAGCCCUCAUGGACCUGCCCACUGCCGGCCAGAAGCUGGAGCACUGCACCAAAGCCAGGCCCCGGCCCAACCGCAGGCACAAGCAGCCGCCCAGCAAGCCCAAUGUGCAGCCCGUGGCCUGUGAGAACAGCGAGGACAGGAGCAUCACCCGCGUGGAUGAGGGGCUGGAGGACUUCUUCGGCAAGAGACUCAUCACAGGGGACCUGCCCCCCACGGCUCCAGAGACCUGCCCUGGGUCGGCCCCGCCGGCUCCCUCCGGCUCCCGCACCCUCAAGAAGAAAAUCGGGAUUUUUUUUGCCUUCAAGAAACCCAAAUCCAGCCGGGGCUCGAGGUGCGAGAAGGACCCCGAGGGCGCCCCCCGGAGCAGGCGCUCGGUGCUCAGUGACAUUUUACGACCGCCCAGCAAGGCGAGCGAGGCAGGGAAGCCCCUGAGCAGAUCCGAGGAGGGGGAGCUCGCUGCCGAGCCCCGCGCAGAGCCUGAGCACUGCCAGACCCCCGGCUCUGCCCGCAGGAUCCGGCUCAAGUACUCACGGGAGGGCAAAUCCCAGUCACUCAUACUGCUGCCCGGGGAGGAUGAGGACGCACUGGGAGUCAGGCAGGACAAGAAGAGGCAGCUGGAGAAGAGCGAUGUGGAGCUGCCCGGCUCCUUCGAGCAGCGUGUGCAGGUCAUGCUGCACCGCAUCGGCAUCACCAAGGGCCAGGCUGCCGAGGGCAAGAAGCAGCAGAGCAAAGACAGCGAGAUCAAGAAAGCUGGCUCUGAUGGGGAUAUUGUGGACAGCUCUGCAGAAUCACCGCCAUCCCUGAAGGUCCGCACGCACUCUGUGUCCACAGACACACCCUUCCGCAGCCCUGCUGCCAUGGUGGAGCCCCAGCCAGCCUGGAGAUCCCUUGGGAAGCUGCUUCCCACCGAGCCGCAGGGCAUCAGCAGCUUCCAGCAGCCCCGGCAUUCCCUCGUCCUGGCCGACCCCAGCACGGUGCCAGAGCCGGGGCCCCGGGAGGUCUGGAGCAGCAGCCUGCCACGGCUGGGCCGGAGUGUGCCGGUGGCCUUGCCAUGCAGGGUCGGCCACGGCGGGGAGCCAGGCGCCAGCAGCCCCCUGCCCACAACGCCUGACACUGAAGACAACCAGUUGACACCACGGCUGGCAGUGCCACGGGGGAUCGGUCGCCGGGCUGUGUCCAUUCAUGAGGAGCAGCUCAGGAGGCCUGAGUGCCCAGCGGAGCUGGGAAUGGGCACGGUCCCCCUGCGCCUGUGGCGGUCGCCUGUGCUCAGACGGAAAACCAAGCAUGAGUCCCUCCCGGAGCCGGAUGGAGAGCCCAGAGUGUCCUUCGAUGCUGCAGGGGCCGCACUGCAGGACUGGCCCCAUGCCGGCCUAGAGCAGCUGCAGGCUGGAGCAGGCACUGCCGGCGAGCGGCCACAAACUGUUGGGAAUGGACGAGACUCAGCAGCUGCAGACCAAAGACCAGGCCGGGGGCAGCCAGCCCUGGGACAGUGAAGCCCCUGCAUGCUACUGCGCUGUUCCCAAGAAAACCCUGCAAGGAACUCCUGUGCCAGGGGAUUGGCAGCUGCGGCACAGGAAUGCUCCAUACCAGGGCAACGACAG